UGGGUUAUAAGUGCAAAAAAAGCAAAAAAACAAGGAGAAGGAGAGAAAGGAGAGAAGUCCAAAAACUCCCAAAGGAAUAAAAAUAAAAUAAAAUAGAGGAAAGAACCGAAGAAACGCCCUUGAUCUCUCUCGUUUCUUUUAGUACCAUUUUAAGCUCAAAUAUCAAUUUUUUUGAUCACUUUUCUUUUCAUCAUCUCAUCUUUUUUUCUUCAGCAUGUUAUUACUUUGAUCUGCCACUACUGCCUCAAAGUAUUUUUUGCAAAAGACUUAAUGUUCUUCACCAAAAGAUGUUGACUUCUUCGUUUUCUGUGAUUCGAAGCUAAGUGUUUAUAACAAGCAAAUUAUAUGUGAUGUUACUGGCCGGGGCUUUUGCUUUCUGACAUACAUCAGGCUCCAAAUGCAACUGUUCAAUCCUUUCUGACCUGGAAGGGUAAAAAAUUUCAGAAUUUAUUUUGUAGAAGAUGUCGUCCCUGAUGCAAAGUCAGGGGAGCACCAUUGAUUCCUUCCCUGAAAUUGUUAAUAUUGAUGAGGGAACAAGUCCCAAUAACACUAGUAUUGGUCAACCGAAUUCAUUGCAUGACAUGCUGAAUCCCGUGGAAACUCGGCUAUCCAAUUUUACAGCACCUUCUGGUGGGACAAUGCACAGAAAUGCUAUUACCCUUGAUGUUCAGAGCAUUAGCGGCUGGAAUUCUGGUCAACCAAGCUCUAGACAGGGAGUGCAGAACCAGGUGACGCAGGGUGCUCCAAAUCACCGUCUUAAUGAUGAUGGUGAGGAUGCACGUAUACGGGCCACUCCGAGGUCUGAAGAACGGCGGAUUGAACCACUAAAUGUCUUUUUUACUGGGAGACUGAAUAAUGGAUGGAGUGGCAAUCUGGUUAGAAGUGGGCCCAUAUGUUUGCAGAGUUCCAGCUCUAAUCAUAUCCCAGAGAAUGUGAAUUUAAAUGAAGGAUUUAUUAGUGGAAAUGGUACCAGAGAGUCAGGUGUUGGAACUGGUGGAAGGCCUAAUCUCCACGACUCAGGUGGAUUAGAAAGAGAAAAGAUAUCUAAUGCAAGUGUUUCUUCUUAUAAUGUUGGCAGUUCAUCUGGAAGCUCUAAUCAUGUAGGAGAGGAAAACAAUGAUGGCUCAGGCUCUUCUUUGGGCAGUUAUGGUUUAUCCUGCAAGAGGAAGGCCUUUGAAGGUACUUCUGGACAGUCUUUUUCUGCUGGUGCUUCAGGCUGUUUUCACCAAGUAGAAAAUAUUGCUUGGCAUGCUGGUCCUACUCGUAAUGAAGCUUCCAGCAGCUUGAGUUUAUCUACGCCCUCUUCGAAUUUCCUUAAUGUGACUCCUCCUGAUCAGUCAAAUCCAAGAGUUGGGCUUGGUAUGAGAGGAGUAGUUAGUGAUGCAUUUCUUUCUUUAGGUGAAAGAAGAGCAAAUCCGGGAAAUGAACAAGAAUCUUUACCAUUUAGUUUAUUGUCAACCAGGGCUGCUGGCCAUUCUAGUUUCGUCUCUCCUAGUCACCCUCAAGUUGCACCAGUUGAUGAAUCUCUAGACUUGAGACCAACAACAACAAUAGCUGGAAAUUCUGGCUCAACCUCAACUCAACCUCAUAUGAGAACUGCUUCUAUUGUUCCAAGAAAUGUGCAUCCUAUCUCUAGGAACGGUACUUCCAGUUCAAGUGUUUGCAACCCAUCAAGUUCUAGUAGUUCUGGAGAGAGAGCUGAUGCAUUACGAGGAGAACCAAACAUCAGAAAUAUCUCAAGAAACAAUGUGGAGCAUCCCAUGUUUGUACCGGCUACUGAGAUGAGAAAUGUGGCACAAGAUCCAACAGGUUGGAGUUUGGCUUCUGGAAAUCCUAGUACUUCUGGAGGUAUUCCAUCUUCUAAUCGACCUGCGUCUAGUUCAAACAUCCAUCCUUUGCCUGAUCCUGCCUGGAUCCCUCCUCACAACCCUCCAAUACAUAAUCAACAGAGACUAUCAGAAUUCGCUUCUUGGUCUUUAUUUCCUCCUAUUGCUUCUGAAUUUGGUGGUCAUAGUGGCUGUUUUCCACUACCAUCUUCAAGCCCUUCAGCUUCCUCACAGGAGACAGUGGGGCCAUCAGAAUCUAACAGCCAAGGGAAUAAUCAACCAUCCCCAAGGUUAGCAUUCAUAUUGGAGAGACAUGGUGAUGAUGUUCUUGGGAUGGCCCAUUCAUUACGAGCAUUGGCUGCUGAUAUUGAAGGGAGACACCGACUAAUAUCUGAGAUUCGCCAAGUCUUAAAUGCCGUCCGCAGGGGGGAGAACUUGCAAAUUGAGGAUUAUAUGCCGUUUGAUCCAUUCAUCUAUCAUGGUAUGGCUGCUAUGCAUGACAGACAUAGAGACAUGCGUCUUGAUGUUGAUAACAUGUCUUAUGAGGAAUUGUUGGCAUUAGAAGAACGCAUAGGAGAUGUGAGCACUGGACUGAGCGAGGAAAUGAUUCUGAAGUUGAUGGAACAACGGAAGCAUUCAUCUACUUCAACAGAAUCCCAACAAGAUCUGGAACCGUGUUGUAUCUGUCAGGAAGAAUAUGCAAAUGGAGAUGACACUGGGAUACUAGAUUGUGGACAUGACUUCCACUCUAACUGCAUUAAACAAUGGUUAAUGCUAAAGAACUUGUGCCCUAUUUGUAAGACAACAGGCUUGCUUAAAUGAUAGCAAAAGCUGAUGUUAGAGCCAGGAAAUUUCGUUAUCUUUUGAUUGUCAUUAAGAUCCUAUAAUAAGGGUUUAGGCGCGCGUGAACCAUACAAAAUUUGAAGAUGCUGCUGCUAAUUUUAUGUACUGCAGGAUGAGUUGUUUGUCGAAUAACUUGGCAUAAAAGCAUCAAUGACAAUGAUAACAUAUUUGAAACAA